CGAUCAGCACAUUCCAAACAUCGUACGAUCGCGGCCAGCCAAUAGCCAUCGUUCCGCUGCAUCAGCAUUACUCAUCGAUAUAUACCAGCAGCAGAACCCACGACGCUGUUCAGUUCUCAUUCAAAUUCUUUCCGUGACCGUCCACGUUUGCUUAAUAAAUGAUAUUUAGAUAAUAAACUGUAUGUUGAUUAUAAUAAACGUUUUUUAAAAGCUGAACGUCGAAGGCCACAACAAGAUUGGCGCAGCCGUGCGGUUUCAGUGAGUGGAAUAGUAACGAGUGUGAAAAAACAGUGUUAUAAUCAGGAUUGGUAAAUCCGAUUAGAGUGAAUCCGCGAAACAUUAAUACGAACUGUAGAAAGUGCUAGCAUCUGACGCCGCUAUCAAAGUGACGAAAGAGUUGAGGUUCCACCGCACACCGCACCCCACCACUGGAAGAACCGAAGAACCCCGCACACACGAUUGCAAACGGUGAUGUAAAAUGGUAGUCUAAGGUGGCUGCUAAGUUUGAUAUAGAAAAGCAUUGAUCGACGUCUGCUACACCGCGAAAUGGAACUACCAAAGGGAGCGAAAAUUACACAUACUGGACUCCUGCAGCACAACCCGGAUGGGAAGACGGAGAUCCAGAAGAUCACCCAGGCGGGGCUGGUGGCCCGAUCGCCUGAAGGCACCGCUGCAAAGGGUAUGAAUAUCCGCGGGAACGAAGAUCUGUGGGUGGAAAUUCAAGCGAAUACGUUUAAAAAUUGGGUUAACGAGCAUUUGAGGGGGUCCGGCUUACAGGUCACAGACUUUAACGACGACUUCCGCAACGGAACGUACCUGUGCGCCUUGGUGGAAGGACUUCAAAAGCGACCCCUGAAGCCUACCUGGAACAAGAGACCGGCCAAUCAGCAUCACUAUCUGGAGAAUGCAACCACGGCCCUGAAUGCCAUCGAAGCAGAUGGAGUGAAGCUAGUCAACAUUGGGAACGUUGACAUCGUCAACGGGAAUGUGAAACUUAUACUGGGUUUGAUUUGGUCACUAAUCGUGCGGUACCAAAUCGGUCGGAGUAAGUUCCCACCAAGGAAGCUGAUGCUGGCCUGGUUGCAGGCAGCUCUUCCGGAUUGUAAGGUAAAUAAUCUGACCACGGAUUGGAACAGUGGAGUGCUACUCUCGGCUUUACUCGAUUACUGCGAGCCUGGGCUGUUCCCACAUUGGCGUACACUGGAUGUCAACGAUUCUGUGAGGAAUUGUGAACGGGCCAUGAAUAUUGCGCAUCAGAGAUUCAGAAUACCGAAGGUGUUGGAACCCGAAUAUCUAGCGUCCAGCUGGUUGGACGAAUUAUCCGGGAUGACGUACUUGUCGUACUUCAUGAGACCGGAUGGUCCCGGGUACAACGCUACCAUGCAAUGGGUCAAUAGUACAAUUAAAAGACCUGUUUCCAACUUCACGACGGACUUUAACGACGGAAAAGUUUUCUGUGAGAUUAUCCGGGAUCUUGGCGGACCCGUUCCCGAUGCCAGCAAACUUAGUUCGGAUCCUGCCUCAUGGGAGAGCAACCAGAACAAAGUAAUCGAGGGUGGUCUCAAGCUUGGCGUUAAACCGGUACUUUCCGCCAGAGAUAUGGCAACGGCAGAUGAGGAGCAUCUUGGUAUUAUGGCCUACGCUACCUGGCUUCGGUGGAUCACUCCAAGACCACCACUAGCCGAUAUGCUUGCUGUCCAUCUGGAAAGUACCUCGGGCAGAACAGGGGAACCAACUCGUUUCAAAGUGGAGGUGCUCUCCAGGGAGAUAGAAAUGUCCAAAGUGAAGGCCUACGUGGCCACUCCAAACAGUACCGUUCUGCACCCGGUCAAGUUGAACUCCAGAGGUGAAGGUACCUACAUUCCGGAUAAAUACGGGAUGCACGAGAUUGUUCUGGAGGUCGACGGUAACCAGUUGGGAGGCCAUUUCUUCCGUGUGCUACCCCGGUUAGUGCACGUGGCACCUCCCGGGAUGGCACCCUGUGCUCUGGGUAGCCUCGUAGAAGUUCUUGUGAAUGCCACCGGUGCUCCAAAGUCGGAAGAUAUUCUUGUGACGGCUUACAGUCCCUCCGGUAGACCGUUGAAGUGCCCGUUGAAAAAGAUCGACCAUGGGCACAGUGCCAUAUUCAAGCCGGACGAGGCCGGCGUUUGGGAGAUUGCCAUAACGUACCAGGGUCGCCAUAUCCAGGGUGGUCCCUUCACCUGUUCCGUGUUUGAUCCGACUGGCGUGUCGGUUCAUGGAUUGGAUGGGGCUAUGCCACUACGGGCUCACUCCUUCGAAGUAGAUGCCCGUGGGGUUGGUGUCGGCGGAGAACUGCACGUGGACAUCGUGCAUGAGAAGCGCUCGCUGGUAUGUUCGGUGGAAAAGCUGCAGGAAAACAAAUACCAGGUGACGUUCAUGCCACGCCAGAAUGGUAAACACAGAGUGUACAUCUACUUCAACGGGUAUGACGUUAAGGGAUCACCCUACAUUAUGCGAGUUGGAAGCAAAGGUCGCUCGGGAAAGACACGAAGCAGUCCAAUCCAUGACAGCAGAAUGAGAUCCGAGAGCCCGUCGUUCCACUUUAACACCUCUUCCUUGAACAGAAAGAAUGAAGCCAUUCGACGGGAGAGAUAUUCUCCGCAAACGGUUCAAACUUCGAAAGAGAUAUACAGCACUCGAGUCACUUCCCCGGUGCGCCAAAGUCCGUCACCGAGGGAGAUCCAUAACAGCAGUUACAGAACCGAUUACAAGAACAUCUCUUCGGACAAUGAUCACAGCUUCAAAAAGAGCACCGAGGUGUUGGCAACGGAUUUGAAAACUCCACCCAAAGACGAUGGAUACAAUUUUGUUAAAACGGUCCGCACGGAGAACCACGUCACAAAAACCAUUCGUCAGCAUCGGGACUCGGAAAGUCCCAGUUUGCUUCGCGCUAGUCCCGGUUUGAGGAGCCCCCAGACUGUUUCGUCAACGAUUUAUGAGUCAAACUCACGGAAUGUCACCGCUAGUCCCAAGUUCUACACUUCAACCACUCGGUACGUACCUUCCCCGGUCGAUCGUCGCAUCUCCAGCCCAAUCAACAUGCACGAGAAAAAUGAAACGUACAAGGUUACCGAGCGUGAAUCGUCUUACAAGAGCACCAUCUCUCGGGAUGUGGUACGUGACAGUCCUACGAUCGAGAUGUACAAGCCGUCUCCGUCGUCGGUCGACUAUUCUUCAAACAUUAAGGUCACAGCCAGUAAUGGACCUUCGCGACGUGACAGUCGCGAUGUUAUCAACAAAACGAAGCACAUGUUCUCGCACAAUUCGCUGGAAUCGUUGGCAAAUCUCACCGAGAAACAACUCAAUACGGAUUUGAGCUACGAUCGGACGGUGGAUCACCAGACCGAAAAGAAUACGCACUUCAACAAGUUCUCGCUGGGGGAGACUAAUAAUAACAACAAUCGUAACGAUAGAAAAAUUAUUGAAGACGAAGGGUUGUAUCGCUCGGGGGGAUAUUUGAAGAAUUACAAAACCGAGAAGAACGAGAGGUACGAGAAGUAUACAACGGUGAACAGUGGUUUCGAACCGAUUGGACGGGACAUUACUGGUGCUAGAGCGAUUCGUGUUCAGGAUAUUCCGGACGGGGUGCUUGGACGACCCGUGGAGUUCGAGAUUGAUGGAUCCCAAGCCGGUUCUGGAAAUCUGGAAAUACUGGUUAACGGAGGCCGUGUUACGUCGGCAGUCAGAGCGCUGGGUAAUCAACGUUUUGUGGCUAGUUUUACACCGCACGAGUCGGGUGUACACACGGUGCAGAUAACAUUCAACGAAGAAACGGUACCAGGUUCACCGUGGAAUAUCAACAUUAUGUCCUCACCGGGACUGACGGCUCUCGGUGAAUCCACCCGGCUGGUACCGGCCAAUGUGCCGGCGGUUUUUGAGGUCCUGCCGCCUCCUGGAGCUUCGAUCAGAGGCAGUGACUGUGUUGCGACCGUGCUCUCGCCUAGCAAGAGCAAGGUUAAUGCACGUGUCACCCACGAGGCGGCCAACGGUGCGCUGAGGAUCGAGUUUGUCCCCAACGAGGUGGGAACGCACAUCAUCGAGGCGUCGAUCGGAGGAACCACUCUUGUUGGAGGACCGUUGAUUGCGAAGGUUUACGAUUCGAGUUUGAUUCAGGUAACGGACGUGAACGGAGGAGUGGUUGGUCAGCCGUGCCAAUUCAGGGUGGACGCAAGCGCUGCGGGCGAGGGACAAUUGGAAAUUUCGAUUAAUGAAGGAGAGGUUCCGAAUCAUGUCCAGGUGGUGGGCGGUGGAAGAUGUCUGGUCUCGUUCACACCCGAACAUGCAAAGCCACAUUUGAUUGAUAUCAAGUUUAACGGAGAAACGGUUAUUGGUUGUCCUUUCGUAUGCUCGGUAGCUGACACCAGCCGAGUGUUGCUCAACCUAUCAAACCUGGAACUGAUCCCAGUCAACAGACCGGCUUCAUUCCACAUCACCGUAAGUGGUGGAGGAGCAGCUGAACUUGCGGUCAGCGUACGAGGUCCACAGGGUGAGCUUCCUGUUCGAGUGACAGGCGAUAUCCAUGCAGGGUUCACCGCGGAGUUCACUCCAAAUCAUGUGGGAGCUCACACGAUAAAUGUUGAGUACAACGGAUAUCCCGUGCAGGGAACGCCUUUCGUGGCCAAAUCAUACGACGCUACCAAGGUAGCAGUUGGGUCGGUUUCCAAGGGCACGGUUGGAAGACCAGUACAGUUUACCGUUGACGCUGGAGACGCCGGUGAGGGAAAUCUAGAGAUCACCAUCUCCGCUAAAGGCCAUAAUAUUCCCACCCAGGUGCAUCCACAAGGAAAUGCGAAGUUCGCCGUAUCAUUUGUCCCCGCCGAGCCUUGCGAACACAUAAUCAACGUGUCCUUCAACAAGAUGCUGGUUCCCGGCUGUCCAAUCACAGUCAUAAUCAACGGAGGAACAACCGGACCGCAGGUUUCUCUCGGAGGACCCGGACCACUUCAUUUGCCGAAUUCGCUAAUCAUCAACCACUCCGGAGGCCGAUUGGAAGAUAUUGAAGUUAACGUUGAAGGACCAUCCGGUCACUCGGUGCCAGCGCAGGUUCUCCAGACGGCGGACGGUGUGUUCAAGGCCGAGUUCGUCCCACGAGUGGUCGGUGAGCACCGGGUCAGCGUAACCGUCGAGGGACAACCGACGGCUGGCAGUCCGUACUCCGCUAAGGUCUACGACGUAACGGCGAUCAAGGUGAAGAAUGUGAACAAUGGCACCGUGGGAAAACCGGUCGUCUUUCUCGUGGAAACUUCCCAGGCAGGGCCGGGAAAUCUGGAGGUUACGGUUAACGGUGGCCGAGUGCCAACCUCGGCACAAGCCCAGGGUCAGCAUACGUACGCGAUCAGCUUCACGCCACGCGAAGCCCAGAAUCACACCGUGGAGCUGAGAUUCAACGGGCAGGAUGUGCCCGGAAGCCCAUUUACUUGCAAGGUAUCACCCGCGGCUCGCAUUGUCGCCAACGAUCUGAUGGACAAAGUAAGUGUGGGUCAUGUGUUUGAUUUCGUGGUGGAGUCGGACAUUUCGCCGGUCGUGGAAGUGCUGGGACCAGCGCGGAGGGCGGUUCGUGCGGACGUGCUUCCCGUCCCGGAUGGGUACAAGGUGAAAUUCGAACCGAUAGAAGUUGGUGAUCAUUCGGUUGAGGUACGGCUGCCCGGUAGUGGCCACGUUGAAGGGAGUCCGUUUCUGCUGAAAGCCUAUUCGGCGGAAAAAGUUAUCGUGACUGACAUAAGACCGGGUGUUGUUGGAAAAAGUGUGAGUUUUGGCAUCAAUGCCAGCCAAGCGGGAGCGGGAAAUUUGGAGAUCAUCGUAGCGGUUGGAGGGAAAAAUGUCCCAAACUUCGUACAAUCGGAAGGGAACGCUCGAUUCAAGGUAAACUUCAAACCAACGGAAGCGGCAACGCAUUCGCUGUCGGUUAGAUUCAAUGGCUAUCCGGUCCCGGGAUCGCCUUUCGCGUGUCACGUGACGCAUGCUCCUGUUUCACUGUCCAAGGCAAUUGCCAGUGGGGAGUGUUUGAGGCAGGCUCCGGUGAAAUGUGAGAAUAUAUUCGAGCUCGAGGGAUUCGAUGGAAUUGAUCCGCAGGUGCUAAUCACCUCUCCGUCCGGUGAUACCGUUUCUUGCAGAGUGAACUCCAGAGAUGAUAUACAUUUGGUUUCGUUUGUGCCAACUUCGGUGGGUAGGCAUCUGAUUAGUGUGACAGCGAAUGAUCAGCACAUCAACGGGUCACCGUUUUCGUGCAACGUGUUUGACGUUUCGCGAGUGGCGAUCAGUGGCUUGGAUCAACAUAAUACAAUGGCUUCUUUGGGAGUUCCGUUGACCUUUAGUGUGGAUGCAGCGGGAGCGGGUGAAGGAACCUUGGAGUUGGUUGUAUCUACAGCUACCAGUACUGUUAAAGCUGAGGUAACUGCAUGUGCCCGAGGACUGUAUGACGUUACAUUUGUGCCUCACACAUGCGAACCACAUUUUGUCAAUAUUACUUUCAACGAUCUGCCAGUGGAUGGAAGUCCCUUCCGCUGUGAAGUGCAGCAAAACACGCAACACGUCCAGAUUGGAAAUAGUACAUUUAUAGAAUUAGCUGGCGAGGAUCAAACCGUUGAGAUUUAUGAUCCGGACAAUAAGAUGGUUCCAUUUACGCUGUCCAGGAAAUCGGCCGAAUUCAAGGUUACCAAAAUCGGAAACUACGUUGUGAGAUACAUCGACCAGGAGACACGAUCGUUCAUGGCUGCCCGGACAGUCAACGUAUUCGACCCUUCUAUGGUGAAGAUUGUUGAAGUUGGUGAAGCAUACUGCCAUAAGCCUGCCUCUCUGGCGGUAUCGAUCUUGGAUGCCGGUCAAGGAACUUUGACUUCCGUGGUCCGUUGUGGAGGUCUGGAAGUUCCGCACUCUAUUCGCGGACCAACCAAAAAUGGAACCUGGGAGAUUGUGUACCAUCCGACUCGAGUUGCCCCCCAUAAGAUUAUGAUUCUCUAUAAUCAAGUCCCAAUCGCUAGUAAGCCGAUUGAAAUUAAUGUAUUGGCACCUGCAAUGAGCAAAGAGAUCACCGUAAACGGUCUGGGGCUGUAUCAGGCUCGUGUUGGUAAGACAACUUCGUUCGCUAUAGACACUGUCGGUCACCCGGCACGGGAGUUUGACGUUGUUGUUUCUGGCCCGGGAGGUCAAGCUCUACCAGUGCGCUGCUACCAGACCAAGGGCGGACACUUACAGGCUGAAUUCACCGUGCAGAAAGUUGGGCAAUGCUUGAUUGACGUUCUACACCAAUCGAAACCGUUGCCAGGAAGUCCGUACACGUGUGAAACCUACGAUCCUUCCAAGAUUCAUCUGCAGAAUGUCCCAAAAAUGAAUCUUUGCACAAACUCUCCGAUCACCUGGAAUGUUGAGUCCGAGUCGGCCGGCGUGGCUGAAAUCGAGGUUACCGUUCUCUCGUCCAACGGACAGAACGUUCCCGUUAAAUUGACACAGCACGAGGACUACACCCACCAGAUCGAAUUCUUGCCAUUGAGUGCCGGUCACUACAAAGCGAACGUCAUGUACGGUGGGGAAAACGUUCCCGGAUCGCCGAUAACGUUUGCCGUUCAGGCGAUCGGUAACAAAACGGACAGCCACGCGACCGGCAAUGGCCUGGAAGUUGCCCACCGCGGUAAGGAGACCUCGUUUGUGGUGUUCUGUCCGACCGUACCGAAUGUGCAGAUUGAGCGGUGCGACGAACAAGCGGAGCGGAUCGAACCAAGGGUUAAGAAUCUGGGCAACAACGAAUGGAAGAUUUUCUACACCAUAUUGACCGUUGGUGAGUACGAGAUCAGAGCGAGUUGCACGAACAGAGGACCGCUGCCGGGGUCGCCUUGGACAAUCGCCUGUUUGGAUCCGGCGAAGGUAACCCCAAUAGGUGGUUGGGGUAGCUUGUUGGACAGUAACGGAAAGCUGCUUCUGCCUUCGAAAAUAGUUUUCGACACAAGCUCGGCUGGGCCGGGAGAAUUGACCUGUUAUAUAGAUAACACUGAGAUCACUGUUGAGAAGCAAGGAAAGGAAAGGAGUCUGCUGUAUCUAUCGGACGAGGGUCUCACAAAAGGAGAGCAUAGCUUCGAUUUGACUUGGUCGGGGCUACCCAUCUCCCAGAGCCCUGGAUUCGUUUUCGUGACUGAAAAUUCUUCCGCAGCCGACAAAGUUGUUCUCACGGGAAGGGGAUUGACAGCCGCACAGGUUGGCGAGAUCUCUCAUUUCACUAUCGACGCUUCGGAAGCCUUGUCCGGAAAGCCAGAAGUUCAUAUGUCUUAUGAGGAUGGAGAGAACCUUCCAGUCACCCUGCUUCAACCAAGACCGAACGAAUUGAUCUGGUUGGCAUCGUACAAUCCGCACAAGUCAACCGGCGGCCCAUUGCAUCUCUCAGUGGAUUGGAACGGCCGAACGAUCAAGGGAUGCCCACUAAGCAUCUCGGUCGGUCCGGCGGUUGAUGCCGCCAAGGUUCUCUGCUCGGGAGAAGGUCUUCGUAAUGGUGUGGUGGGUCGAGAUAUAAAAUCCUGGAUUGAUACUCGGCGAGCCGGACCGGGAGAGCUUACCGCUCAUUGCGCCGGACCACGCAAGGUUGCGUACUGCGAGCUGUACGACCAUGGUGAUGCAACGUUCACAUUGAACGUUAAGCCCCAGGAGCCGGGCAGACAUACGCUCACCAUCAAAUACGGCGGACAGCAUGUCCCUGGCUCGCCGUUCACCCUGAGAGUUGCGGGUGCUCCAGAUGCUAGCAAAGUUCGCGUCUACGGCCCGGGUGUUGAGCACGGAGUGUUGGCAACGUUCCAAUCGAGGUUCAUUGUGGACACCAGAGGUGCUGGGGCUGGUCAGCUGACAGUGCGCGUCAGAGGACCCAAAGGUGCUUUCCGCGUUGAGAUGCAACGAGAGAGUCAAAAGGACAGAACUAUACUCUGCAAGUAUGACCCCACCGAGCCAGGUGAUUACCGAGUGGAAGUUAAGUGGGCUGGAGAGCUUGUACCAGGAUCUCCCUUCCCGGUGUUAAUUUUCGACACACAAGAAGAGUUGAAGCGUUUCUUACACGGCAACUAACCACAUCACUUAAAUAUUGUUUGUGCAGAUUAAUGAUAUGUAUAAGAUGUUGACUAAUUUAUAUUUAACUAGAUGCUUUUUGAUCGUCGCAAAAAAAACAAACAAAAUAAACCUUUAUAUUUUUCGAUAGAAAUUUAUUCGUAGCACCAUUAAUUGAUUUACAUGUAUUUAUUACGCUGUAAUGAAUAAACAUCCGGCUAGUUUAAUUUUCA